AUGACGUCGCGUGUCAUAAUUGAUUUGAUAGAAGGUGAUAUCAGGGCAAUGCCAGGUAUUACGCCUCGUGAGGUUCAAAAACAGGUGAAGGAAAAAUUUGGCGUUGAGAUUAGUUAUUUUGUUGCGUGGAAAUCUACUUAUGCGGGUCGAAAUAGGAUUUUCGGGGACCACAGCAGCUCGUAUGCAUACCAGCCGUCAUAUUUUGCUGAAGCUGAGAGGACGAACCCCAGAAGCAUAUUCAAUUUGGAUAUCGAUGAGUCCAAGCGAAUUUUCCGCCGAUGUUUUUUUGCCUUUGCAGCUUGCUUGGUAGGAUUCAAGUCAUGCCGCCCCGUGGUGAUGCUUGAUGGGACUUUUUUGAAGGGUAAGCACAAGGGGAUCCUGUUGAGUGCUAUUGGGAAAGACGGUGAUGAAGGUCUGUUUCCUAUUGCUUUUGGAAUUGUAAGUGAAGAAACUGAUUGUAACUGGUCUUGGUUUUUGAACCACUUUCGAGAUGCUGUUGGGACUGACCGGUCGUUGAUUUUUGUUUCUGAUCGUAACCAUGGGAUUCUUGAAGGAGUUAGGCAAAUUUUUCCAGAUGCUUUACACGGCUACUGUUACAAACAUUUGACCCGCAAUUUGCAGCACAGGUUCAGGGGUGUUGCUCCAAACUUUCGUGACGCGGUACUGGCACAAUUUGCAAAUUGUGCUUAUGCGGUUACGAAGGAAGAUUUUGCCCGCUGUAUCCAGAAGUUGAGAGCUACUGGCGGCAAGAAAGUGUGCAAUUUUUUAGAUGGUAUUCCAAAGGAGAAGUGGGCAAAUGCACAUUUUGAGGGUCUGAGGUAUGGUCAAAUGACAUCGAAUGCGUGUGAGUCGUGGAAUUCUCAGGUUGACGAUGAACGGUACCUGCCUAUUACUAGCUUGAUUGACGGGAUUAGAAUGUUGUUGAUGGAACAACUUAGUGAUCGACUGGGGGAUGGAAAUAGGUGGACAACUGUGCUGACCGAGUCCGUUGACAAAAAAAUGAGACAGCUAGUUGAUAAAGGGAGGACAUAG